GAAACCGUUUUCCAAUAUAGUGCUGGCUACUUGCAGAUGUGUCGAAAACACAUUGAAAGUAUCUAUGACACCGACGAUAUUUCUUCGUAUUUAUCUAGGAAAGAAAUAGAGCUACAAUGCCAUUGGAAUCCAAUCUUCACAGGUGAUGAUCUCACAGAUUUUAGUUCAGCAACGCUAGCAAUUGAAAAACGUUUAGCGAUACCAGCAUUAAUGCAUGUAAUUGGUACUGCAAUUUGCUACUCAGCCUUUUGUUUAGGCACAUUUGGACAUAUCGAACGUAGCUCAUGCACAAUUGUUUCAGCAAUUUUAUAUAUAUGUGGAGGAUUGGUCAUUUUAAUGGGUGUACUACAAUUCGUGUGUGUUGUUGAUGACGAAUUGGCUCCACGAAUGAAACCGAACGCUGCUGGAGAACCAUCAAAAUUUGGUUUCGAAUACGGGUAUUCGUUUUUCUUCUCAUCCUUAUCAUUCUUACCGUUGCAAAUGUGCGCCUGCUUUCAUGCAUUUCUAUAUUUUCGUCGUUAUCCAACAGCAAUCGACAAAAUGAAAGUUGUACCGGGACUCGAAUCAAAAAGUAUGUUUUAUUUCACCUUCCACAUCUCAUCAUUCACAUAA